AUGGCGAGCAAGCGCUGCUUCGCCAACCGCUUCGAUGACUACGCGGGCAGCCUGCCGGCCGGGCAGCGCCACGAGGCGGUGGUGCCCUGGGUGGCCGCCACCAUCGAGCGCAUCCUGCAGCAGGUGCCCGCGCUGGAGGGCGGCGCGGCGGCCGCGGCGGCGGCGGGGGGCGGCCUGUACGGCGGGCUGGCCGGGGUGGCCUACAUGCUGCACCACGCCGCGCGCUGCCCGCUCCUGGCCCCGGCCCGGGACUCCUACCUGCGGGCGGCCCGGCGCCUCAUCGACGCCUGCGUGCGCUACGAGGAGGAGCGGGGCGAGCCGGAGGCCGACACGCGGGCCGCCUUCCUGCUCGGCGGGGCCGGGGUCUACGCGGUGGCCGCGCUCGUCUACCAAGCCCUGGGGCUGCCCGACUUCGGCCGGCUGCUGGGCCGGUUCCGGGAGCUGAGCCAGAUCUGCGCCCCCGUCGCCUUCCUGGAGUGCGGCUCCGACGAGCUCUUCGUGGGCCGGGCCGGCUACCUGUGCGCCGCCCUGGUGCUCAAGCAGAAGCUGGGCAUGGAGAUGUUGACCCCAGUGCAGAUCAGAUCAAUUUGCCAGGCUAUAUUAGAAUCUGGGAAGCAGUAUGCUGUGAAGAAGAGGAAACCAUGCCCACUUAUGUACUCUUAUUAUGGAACAGAAUACCUUGGUGCAGCCCAUGGCCUUUCAUCCAUCCUUCAGAUGCUGCUGUCCUAUUACGAGUACCUACAGCCUUCAGAUCAGGAGCUUGUAUGGCAGAGCAUUGACUUUCUUAUGGACCAAGAACAGAACAGCAACUGGCCUCCUGAACUGGGAGAGACAAUUGAGCGGGAGAAUGAGCUUGUGCACUGGUGUCAUGGAGCUCCAGGUAUUGCAUACCUGUUUGCUAAAGCUUAUCUGAUUUCCAAGAAGCCCCAGUAUCUAGACACUUGUAUCCGCUGUGGGGAACUGACAUGGCAGAAGGGCCUGCUGAAGAAGGGACCUGGAAUUUGCCAUGGAGUGGCUGGUAGUGCCUAUGUGUUCCUACUCCUAUAUAGGCUUACUGGAAACUCUAAAUACAUCUAUAGAGCACAAAGGUUUGCAGAGUUCUUAUUUACAGAAGAAUUUAAGGCUGGUUCCCGGGCAUUAGAAAACAUAUAUAGUCUGUAUGAAGGCUUCUCGGGGACUGUGUGCUUCCUGAUUGACUUGCUGCAGCCCAACCAGGCCGAGUUCCCUCUCUUCAGUGUCUUUGUCUAGAGAAGGAUGUUCUCCAGUGCCACAUUGGAACAGCCAUGCACAAGGCACCUGCAGUUUCACUUAUCUGUAAAGGGAGGCUAUUUACAAAAUAAGCCAGAUUCAGUGAUACCACUAAUGCUAGCCUUAAUUUUGCAGGGGUGGGUCAGGAAAAAGCCUAAAUACACUGGGGUUUGGGGAGGGAAGUAUGUGGUUUUAAAAAAACUAACAGUUUAAAAAUAAAAGGGGAGAAUGAAGUGGUUUUUCAAAAUUGAAUGGACAGAAAUUCAGCUGUACUAAGCAAAGUAAUGUCUUCUGAUUAUUCAAAUGAGAGUGAAAGAGGCAUUAACAAUCUAACGUAAUGGUUAUACAGAAAAACAAAAUGGAAAUCGGAACAUUAGAGACAUGCAAGGGAUAUAAAAUGAUUAAUCCAAUGAGUUUAAAAAGAGACCCAUAAAAUAGGACCUUAUACAGCUAUGCUCUUGUAGGUGACACAGGUCACUAAAGUAUGAAAAGGCAAAAUCUGGGAUUUCUUAAUUAAACAUUUCUUAGUACUAUUACCACCUUUCCUAGAAGUACCUAUAUGUUGGAAUCUUUUCAUUGUCAUAUGCAUAUAAUAGCAGUUAUACAGCUACAUUCUGUCUUUAAUUGCACAUGUACCACAUUACUAUUGCAGUCAGUGGGGUUUCAUGUAUGUAUUCAUGAAUUUGACCAUGAGUUUCAAAACUGUGUGUGUGGUAAGAAACACUAAUCCCUAUCAUCACCUUACGGUAGUAGUAGUAGUACUCCAUCUUUUUAUAAAUAUUUUUCUUUCAUGAAGAAGAUCAACAGAAGCCAUGUAGAAGACUUGGAUCACUAAAUUCUGAAGCAAAGGUCUUAGACAAGGUGU